AUGGAGAUAGAAGAAGAAAUAGGAAAGCUCACAAAAAAUGGAGGUUCAGUGCACAACCCUCUCAUUACUAUGAAGUUCGGAGAGGAAGAAGAAAAACAAAGGGGGUUCAAGGAGGAAGAAGAAAUACAAAAGUUUGUGAAAGAGGACGACCUAACGCACAAGGGCCUUGCCACUGCAGAGUGUGGGGAGAAAAAAGAAACCCAAAAGUUUGUAAAAAAAGACCGUUCACUUUAUGAAAUUCUUGCCAUUUCGAGGCCUGCAAAAGAAGAAACCCAGAAUCUUAUGAAAAAAUCAUUAAAUCAGAUAGAGACGGAAGCAAAGUUGGAGCUGACAGUGGACCAAGUGGUGGAAGAGUACGUGGGAUCAUUCGGGUUGUCGCAGCUUUUGCAUGUUUUCUUAGUGUCACUGGCUUGGAUUUUUGAUUCACAGAACACGUUAGUGACCAUCUUUGCUGAUGCUCAACCCGAAGCUUGGAGAUGCAUAAUAAAUACAUCGUGCGUUAAUGGUGGCGGUGAUAAGGGGGAUGCUGCCGCUGUCUGCCGGUUGCAGCCGGGGACAUGGGAGUGGACCGGUGGCCGUGCAAGUUCGACUAUUGCCGAGUGGGGGCUCGUGUGUGACCGCAAAUUUCUUGCUGCUCUCCCGGCGUCCCUCUUCUUCUUUGGGUCUCUCUUGGGGUCUGCUGUUUUUGGUCGCUUAGCCGACGCAUUCCUGGGAAGGAAGAGGACAGUGUUCAUCUCAUGCCUCCUGACCUCAACCACUGCUUUUCUCACCUCUCUCUCCCCAAACAUAUGGAUAUACGCUCUCCUCCGCUUCGCAAAUGGGUUUGCGCGGUCCGGGAUCGGCAUAUGCUGUCUUGUUCUCUCCACGGAGGCUGUCGGCCGCAAAUGGCGAGGUCAAGUUGGCCAGUACGGCUUCUUCUUCUUCACAGCAGGCUUUCUUUCGCUGCCUCUCAUUGCUUAUCCCACCAGAACUCACUGGAGAUAUAUAUACAGAAUAAUUUCAUUCCUUCCUCUUGUAUACUCCUUAUUUAUACUCCCAUUCGUGUCCGAGUCGCCACGUUGGCUUGUUGUUCGAGGAAGAAGCAAAGAAGCACUUGAAGUGUUGAAAGAAUAUGCAAGACUCAAUGGAAAGAAGCUUCCUGCCAAUCUAACUCUUUCAGAACCAUCAAUUUUCAGAGUUGAUACUGAUGGUGAAACUGCAUUGUCCAAAUCAGAAGCAAAAAUGGACCUGUGGACUACAAAAUGGGCUGCUAAAAGAAUGAUCAUGCUCAUGAUAUCCGGAUUUGGAGCCGGGUUGUAG